UCAUUGUCGUCACCUGAGCCGAUCAGUCGUCACCUCCUUCCCUCUCUCACUCUGCUACAGUGCUGCUACAGCUCAAAGGGUGCUCCGUUCUUCCUCUUAUUCUUCCGUUCUCAUGGCGGCCAGCGACGGUCAGUCGCCGUCGAGGCUGGUCAACGACCGGGUCUACGUGGCCGUGGGCAGCGACGUGCAGGAGAGUAAGUCGACCCUCUUCUGGGCGCUGCAGAACUUCCGCGGCCACUUCCGCAUCCUCCACGUUCACCAGCCUCCCGAGGAUGAUCACGAUAGCGAACACUUCAGCCUGUCCCUGGAUCGGUCGUAUGGUUAUGGUACCAGGACUCCUCAAGAACUUGCCAGGCAGAACAUGGAUAAGAUCCCGGAUGAGUACAUUCGCAUUUGUAACCAAGCAGGGGUUCCUGCGGAGAAAAGAUACAUUGAGAUGCGAGAUAUAGGGAAGGGGAUAGUGCAACUUAUUGAGGAGCAAGCCAUUGAGAAACUGAUUAUGGGAGCUGCAGCAGACAGAUGCUAUUUUGAAGGGAUGCCGCAACUUGAAUCCACGAAGGCAAUAUAUGUCAAACAGGAGGCGGAUCCAUCUUGUUAUAUUUGGUUCAUCUGCAAGGGACAUCUAAUUCAUUACCGGGCAGGAGAUUUGAGCAAUUCCGAUGUGGAUUUUUUCCCGUCAUCAUUAUCAGCGAAUUCUGCUGCGGAAUCUGGAUCACAAAACUCAGGAAAUUCUAGAGGGUCAUCAGCUCUUUCACGAUCCAGCUCUAGUGAAGUUGAAGAUGUUCGGCCCUUGGUUUCGAUUGAGGGAGGCUGGAGGAUCAAUCAUGAAUCAGAAUCGAGCUCUGGACCUUCUUUUAAACCUUCUGACGAACUUUCUUGUGAACCUCCAAUGCCAUUUUGUGCUACGGAAGGAACUAACGAUGAACUCUAUAAACAACUUGACAGAGCAAUGGCAGAGGCUGCAAAGGCAAAACGAGAGGCAUUUGAAGAGUGGAACUGUCGUCAAGAAGCUGAAAAAAAAGCAAUUGAUGCUAUUCGCAGAGUUAUAGCACUUCAGGAGGAGCUAAAACGGAGGAAGGGUCUUGAGGAAUCGCUAGCUAAAGAAAAGGAAGCAUUUGAAAUGACAAAGAACCAACUUGAUGAGUUGAAGAUGCUGCUAGAUAAUGCACUGAAAGUAAACGAGGAGCUCCUUACGAACCAAGAAAGUGAACCCUUGACUGCAAAUCAGCGGGACUUCCUUUCUGAAUUUUCUUUCUCAGAAAUCACAGAAGCUAUCAACAGCUUCGAUCCAUCCCUAAAGAUUGAGGAAGGAGAGUAUGGGAGCACUUACAAAGGUUUUCUUUUUAACAUUCCAGUGACCAUUAAGUUGCUUUCACAGGGAUCAUCAUCACAGUACCAUCAAGAGGUCCAAACAGCAAGUAAGCUAAGACAUCCGAAUUUGGUUAACCUUAUUGGAGUCUGCACCGAAGCUUGGACUCUUAUUUAUGAAUAUCUCCCCAGUGGCAGCCUUGAAGAUCGACUCUGCUGCACAGGCAACGCUGUGCCUCUCUCAUGGCAAACUCGUCUACACAUUUGUAUGGAAAUAUGUGCUGCAGUAAUUUUUCUACAUUACCAUGGUGGCAUAGCUCAUGGUCACCUGAAAGCAGGAAAUAUUCUUCUUGACACCAACUUUCGGUCAAAACUAAUAAAAUCUGGACUGUCCUGUGAGCCAACAGCUGGGGAACGAACUUUUGCCUCAGAUGUUUAUUCAUUUGGUCUUAUAAUAUUGCAGUUAUUGACUGGGAAAUCGACUUUGAAUUUAAUAGAGACGGUAACAGAGUCAUUCGUUCUAGAGAACUUAAAGGGCAUAUUGGAUCCUACAGCAGGGCAAUGGCCAUUUGAGCAAGCCAGAGUGCUGGCUCACAUGGCAUUGAGGUGCUGUGACAUAAAUCCCAGCAACCAGCCUGAUCUCAAGUCCGAAGUGUGGCCGGUGCUUGAGCAGAUGCAAAUUCUUGGUGAAGGUUCAUCAUCCAAUUGGUCAGAUCCUGAAGAGCCUAGCCAGCCUCCUCCAUAUUUCAUUUGUCCAAUCUCCCAGGAAAUUAUGCAAGAUCCCCAAGUGGCGGCAGAUGGUUUUACCUACGAGGCAGAGGCGAUAAGGGAUUGGUUUACUAGUGACCAUGAUACUUCACCUAUGACGAAUCUCCAGCUGCCAAACCUUGGUCUCGUCCCAAAUCAGACUCUGCGAUCUGCAAUUCAAGAUUGGCUGCAAGACCAUGGAACCUUAAAUUCAAUGUCCUGUUCACAGUAACUGUGAACCCCGUGAGAGCGGUGCAACUUUCCUUUCCAACGAAGAACUGCACAGAGAUUGCAGACUUGGCUCCAGUUCUGAAAUCUAUAACCCAUAAUUCUCCAGCUUCUAGGUCUGGAAUGAUUUGGGUUGAAUUUGCUUCUGCACAAAUUUAUGAAUGGAUAUAUAUCUAGGCGUGCAGAUGCUACUACCAUUACUGCAAAACUGCAUGACUGCGUCUCUGGAUUGAUUAGGCGGAAAAGCCUGUGAUGAGAGUUUGAUGA